AAAGCUUACUAUUACAAUCUUAUUAGUCCAUAACUUACUAUUACAGAUUUUUACAGAAAAAAUCUGUGAGUUAUUUUUUCAUUCUUUGUUUUCUCUGUUUUGCCAAAUUUCCGAGGAAACAAGAAUGAACGAUUGGCUUAGUUUGGUAUUAGGAGCUUUGGCCUCCGAAGGUCUGAAACUUUUGAUUGCUGAGGCAAAGAAGGUUUUAGCUUUCAAAUCUGUGUCUAAUGAGCUCGCAUCGGAUAUGGAGUUUUUGCUUCCGGUGACCACACAGAUCGAAUCGUUGCAAGAUGUUAUGGAACUACAAGAUCUUAAAGACAUGAUCGUUGAAGCUCUUGUAGUGGUUGAGGAGUGUUCACGUAUCAAGAAGUGGAAUAUACUCUUGAAAUCUAAGUACACGACAAAAGUUGUGGAAAUCAAUAGGAAGAUGUUCAAGUUCUGUCAGGUUCAACUACAGCUUCUUCAGUUUAGGAACCAAUUGCAGUUUAACAAUUAUCUCCAGAUCAUCAAUAAGAAGCUCGAUCUUUUGAGUGUUUCUUCUCCCUCUCCUGUUUUCUCGAAGCGUUGUUCGGUUCCCAAGCUUAAUACGGUUCUUGUUGGAUUGGAUUGGCCAUUGAUGGAGCUGAAGAAGAAACUCCUUGGCAAUUCAGUGGUUGUGGUGUCUGGUCCUCCUGGUUGCGGGAAGACCACGCUGGUUACUCAGCUUUGUGACGAUGAUAAGAUCAAAGGUGAAUUCAAGAAAAUCUUCUUUAGCGUUGUGUCGAACACCCCUAAUUUCAGGGCCAUAGCAAAUUUACUUCAGGACAACGGUUACGGAGCAAUUACAUUUGACGAUGAUUCUCAAGCAGAAACUGGCUUAAGAGAUCUGCUGGAGGAACUCACAAAAGAUGGUCCUAUAUUGUUGGUGUUGGAUGAUGUGUGGCGUGGAUCAGAAUUCUUGCUUCGGAAAUUUCAAAUUGAAUUAGAAGAUUAUAAGAUUUUGGUGACUUCUCGGUUUGACUUUUCGAGUUUAUGGUCCACUUAUCAUUUGGAAACUUUGAAAGAUGAAGAUGCUAAAGCCCUUCUCAUUCAAUGGGCAUCGCCGCCUCUACAUACAUCUUAAGAUGAGUAUGAAGAUCUUAUCCAAAAGAUAUUGAAACGUUGCAAUGGAUUCCCUCUCGUAAUUGAAGUAGUCGGCAUUUCACUUAAAGGACAAGCUCUGUAUUUAUGGAAAGGCCAAGUGGAAAGCUGGUCUGAAGGGGAAACAAUUCUUGGUAACGCUCAUCCUACUGUCCUAAAACGUCUGCAGCCUAGCUUUAGUGCCCUGAAACCCCAUCUUAAAGAGUGUUUCUUGGACAUGGGUUCAUUUCUUGAGGACCAAAAGAUACAUGCUUCGCUUAUAAUUGACAUAUGGGUGGAAUUAUAUGGUAGAGGUAGUACUAGUACUAACAUGUACAUGAAAUACCUUAAUGACCUUGCUUCCCAGAAUCUGCUUAAACUUGUUCCUCUCGGGACAAAUGAGUACGAAGACGGAUUCUACAAUGAGUUGUUAGUCACUCAACAUGAUAUUCUGAGGGAGUUGGCUAUUUUUCAAAGCGAACUGGAACCAAUCCUGGAAAGAAAAAAACUAAAUUUGGAGAUACGAGAGGACAACUAUCCGGACUGGUGUUCGAAUCUAAGGCAACCUAUUAAUGCUCGACUUUUGUCUAUUUCUACGGGUAAUUCUUUCAGAUUCUCUUUUUUGUUCUGAAAAUUGUGCAUAGAGAUUAUAUAUCUGCUGUUUCUAGAAAUAUGACCUCCCGAU